GCAAGAAAGUUGUAGAUGAGGUCAUGAUGAAGCCUCUUUGUGUUUGCUCAACGGUUUCCUCUCCAUACCUCUUCACUGUUACCUCCUAAGUGGAUCAGGACAAAACUGAAGCAAAAUUAUGGAUAUCUGAUUAUUCUAGGUCCUUAAUAUGAAGGUUAAGCGCUGGAAUCACACGUUAGGCUGAAGUGAGCGUCGACCUGCCCAAAGCGAAAUCACCGAAUUUUUGCGUGGAAUGUAGAGCUAUCGUGUAAAAUGACUGCUUGCUGUUACACGACCGUCGCCUGCUUAAUUUCCCUGAGCCUGCUGGCUAGUAUAACAGCUGACCCAGACGCCUGCUUCUUUGUGGACCUCGUCUCCCGCUGCAGGACAACUGUGAAACAAUAUAAUGUCACCAUAACAUCCACUAUCAACAAGUGUCACCAGCCAAUAGAUGUCACUGUAGAGCUACAGAAUGACCAGCCACCUUUCACAUGGAAGCACACGUUUGCCAAUGAUGGGGAGACACAGCGGAUUGGUAACUACACAGAGGAGACGUACAUGCAGUUCCAGAUUGACAGAUAUUUCUGGCAGGACAAACCAGAGCUUAGGAUGGCUGCCUGGAUUAUAAUGUCUAAAGAAGGAGUGAACAGGUUUCUGAAGACCUCCACUAUGGUUAGCACAGAAGACUGUCACGGUGGCACCACCAACCCUGUAGCUGCAGCCCUUGCUGGGAUAUUUGUAACUGUCACCGUCAUCAGCCUCGGUGUUGCUGUGGGCUUUGUUUGCUACAAAAGACGCAAACAUUCCAAACGUCGCGAGCAGUUAAUCUUAAACAUGGAGGCCCCAGCAGUAGCUGAACCAUUUGCAGACGCAGGUCAAUCGUCUGCCAACAGAAGACAUCAUCAGGACAAAAAAGAUGCUCCACGAGUCCCAGGUGGAUCAAGUGAUAAAAUUAAAGAAAAAGUUUCAGUGGCACAGAAAACAACUGUAGAUGGGGCUGUGAGCUCUACUGCACUUCAGCCAAGAGAAGCUGAUGUCAAGUUUCAGAGCGAGUCUGUCCAAGACAGCAUCAAUGCCAAACUGCCCUCUGGUGGCCAGGGGCCCCUUGAUUUGGAAGGGGCUGUGGGUUAUAGCUUAAACCCUUCACACUCAGGAAAGGUUCCUUUCACUCCUUUUGAUACAGGGGGUGGUUCCCGAAAACAAAAACACAGGAGUAAACAAUCUCACAGGGGGGAUGGACUUUAUGGAGGAGACAUCUAUUCGUGCCAAUAUGGCAGUCAGUUAAGAAACUCAGGAGGUUUGGAUAAUAACCAAUUUGAUCACUCAGUCCAUUCUGGAAGAGGGCGAAGAGGAAAAAGAAAAAAAGGAGGACAAAGAUUCUCAAAUCCACCCAGACAAGGGGUGAGCGUUCAUCAAGAUGGCGGUGAAAAAUUUGCAGAAGAACUUUCUGUGCGCCUCUCAAGUCUUCAGAAUGAAGAGUUCAAAAGCAGACAAACAAAUGGCUUAUACCCUGGCCCAGAGGAGCCUGGGUCUCUUGAGGACCACCCAUCUUUGGGAGAUGAUCAUAUACUUAUUGCCUCUUUGCACAGGGACCCUGCAGGGCUAGCUGUCUCAGACAGCACACGGCAGACUGCAGACAUGACCAAUGGGGCACGGACAGACAGGGCUGCCUCAGGCCACUCGUUUGGUUAUCUGGAACCAGCUGAGGUGGCUCCCUCUAGUGUGACAGUCACGGAUAACCCCAAUGGGUAUGGCGGUGCUAAACCAAAGAGAAAAUUACCUCAAAUGCAGCCAGUUGUCUGAUUUACAACCUGAAUAUUUUAGAGGAUGUGAAAUAUGGAUGAGAACUGAGAGUUAUAAAUCAUCUUGGCUUAAAUGAAUUUAAAAAUCCACAUACCAAGAG